AGGAGUCAGGAGACCUUGCACGUUCUCUAUAUGCUUGACUCAGGGAUGAGCACAGGCAGAGUUAACGCAUACAGCAUAGUAUCCUCUGAGGAAGACGGGCUGAGGUUGACCACCAUGCCAGGAAUCAACGGCUUUGGGAACGGUAAGAUCCACACCAGAAGGAAAUGCCGAAACAGGUUCGUGAAGAAGAAUGGCCAGUGCAAUGUCGAGUUCACCAACAUGGAUGACAAGCCUCAAAGAUACAUUGCUGACAUGUUCACGACAUGCGUCGACAUCCGCUGGAGGUACAUGUUAUUGCUCUUCUCCCUUGCCUUUCUGGUGUCCUGGUUAUUAUUUGGGCUGAUUUUUUGGCUCAUUGCACUUGUCCAUGGAGACCUAGAAAACCCAGCAGGGGAUGAUAACUUCAAGCCUUGUGUACUUCAUGUGAACGGCUUUGUCGCUGCUUUUCUGUUCUCCAUUGAAACCCAAACGACAAUCGGCUAUGGAUUCCGCUGCGUGACAGAGGAGUGCCCGCUAGCCGUCUUCAUGGUGGUGGUGCAAUCCAUUGUGGGGUGUAUAAUCGACUCCUUCAUGAUUGGGGCAAUCAUGGCAAAGAUGGCGAGGCCCAAGAAAAGGGCCCAAACAUUACUUUUCAGCCAUAACGCUGUCGUGGCCAUGAGAGAUGGGAAGCUCUGCCUGAUGUGGAGAGUUGGGAACCUUCGAAAAAGCCACAUUGUGGAAGCCCACGUGAGAGCUCAGUUAAUUAAGCCUCGAAUCACCGAGGAGGGGGAGUAUAUCCCCCUCGAUCAGAUAGACAUUGACGUUGGGUUUGACAAAGGCUUGGACCGUAUUUUCUUGGUGUCACCAAUCACUAUUCUUCAUGAGAUCAAUGAGGAAAGCCCGCUGUUUGGAAUUAGCCACCAAGACCUGGAAACAGAUGACUUUGAAAUUGUGGUGAUCCUUGAAGGGAUGGUAGAAGCCACAGCCAUGACGACACAAGCUCGGAGCUCCUACCUGGCCAGCGAGAUCCUGUGGGGCCACCGCUUUGAGCCCGUCCUGUUUGAGGAGAAAAACCAGUACAAAGUAGACUACUCGCACUUCCACAAAACCUACGAGGUGCCGUCAACUCCACGGUGCAGUGCUAAGGACUUAGUGGAGAACAAAUUCCUGCUCCCUAGCACCAACUCCUUCUGCUACGAGAAUGAACUUGCCUUCAUGAGCCGUGAUGAGGAGGAAGAGGAGGAGGAGGAAGAGGACGAUGACAGCAGGGGUCUGGAUGACCUGAACCCGGACAACAGGCAUGAAUUUGACAGGCUUCAGGCCACAAUAGCACUGGAUCAGAGGUCAUAUAGAAGGGAGUCUGAAAUAUGACCCAGGGUCCCUUCGCUAACUGUUCUGAGGUUAUUUUUCCUCUCAUCUCUUCCCCUGCCACCUGCUCAAAUUAUGCAGAACAAUGCAAGUGCCAUAGGAAUGCUUGAGAAAUUAGUAUUGUUUGUAGUUUUAAGUUUCAUUGCAAUAACCACUGAAUGGUCUGUGAUAGGAAACCACAGCAGGCCACAGAGUGUUUUGAACUUCCAGUGUUGAUAAAGCUAUUAGAAAAUGUACUGGAAGCAGAUUCAAUAUGGCGGCACAGCUAAGGGAGAACACCGUGGGUGGGCCAUGCAGGAGUAUCGUCUUUGCACACAGAGAGCUGGUGAUUUUGUUGUCUUUCACUCCGUGAAAAUGAAAGCAUUUUCAUGGAGCUGAGUUCUGCGAGGUUUGAAAGGAGGAAAUAUCAGGAAACAAAUCCUUUCUUUGUUUUGUUUUUUUUAACUGAACACAAAAAUUAUAUAUACAUUUCUGGCAGGAGAUGUGAUUCGGUUGCACAAGAACGACACUUGAAAACGUAACGUAAAGUACUCCUUUUUUUAAUUUGGGGGAAGGGAAAUGAGGUUUUAUUUUGUCAGCUUUGUGCUCGGGAGACUGAUUACCAAUAAUAAUAAUCAGACAUUCAAAAUGUGAGUCAGUAUAUUUUUAAAACAAACAAGGCAAUGAAGAAGCCGCAUGAAUUGUUUUAGAGCUGACUCUCAAGGUGCUCAGCAGGCUGCCCCCUGGUUAUUGGCUGGCAAAGUUUGUAACCAGGUCGCAGCACUGACUGACUGAAGCCCAGUGGCAGCGAAAGCAAGGAGCACAAUUACUGGCAACAUAGCACAGGGAAUGCUAGACUCUGGGAUAAACAAAUAAUUAAUAAUAAUUAACACGCUAAUGGAAAUAUUUAUUUUGGGGAUGGGGCGGGAUUGGGCGUGUCCGCUGGGUUAACAUUUCUGAGCACUGAUUAUUUUGGUUUUUGCACCUUUGGCUAAAAUGAGUUGGAUUCUCGGUUGGGGUAAAUCAGCUUUGCUCCGUUGAGUAGCUGAGGAGCAAGCUUUCUGGGCUGAGUCACUUGCAGUCAGUGGGGCUGUUACUGAGGAUGAAAUGUGGCCUCAUGGCCAGCCUUUAAAUGAUGUAAAUGGAGCUGCCAUCUACUCAUUGACUUCAGAUUUACACUAGCUUUGGAUCUGACUCCAUCUCUCCAGUGGGACCAUUCAGAAUUUUGAUUUUUUUAAAGAAUUGAAUGGAAGUUCUAGAAGUCAGGUAUUGCCCAUUUUUCCAGUGAACCUGAUUUUUUCCCCCUCUCUCAAACAAUUCAGUUGUUUUAAACAUGAAAACCUAUGUGCAAUAUAUUUUUUUUUUGGUACUUUUGCACAAAGCAAAAUUCACAAGGAGUUGGUUGUCCUCCCUUGUAUUAGCAUCUAUUCUAUCCUUGAGCAUGUUUGUAACUGAUGAAUUGCCCCGUCAUUGGACAGUGCUACGUGCAAAUGCUAAAAAAGAGAACCAAUGAUUUCUCUGAUUCAAACCUCAUCUAUUCUCAAACCAGGGGUCCCGUGCCUUAGAGAUGCAAAAUUGUUCAGCUGUGCACAUCUUUUUCCCAGCACCAGAAUCCCUGCUUUGAAAUUGUUUCCUAGUCAAGCGCUCUUCCUCCAGCCUUACGGCAUGUCAUGUGUCACUCCAUAUGGGUUCAGCCAUGCAGCAAGAGCACAGAACAAAUCAUAUGCAAUAAACAGGGCCCACACUGCACACAUUACAGGCUAUUAUUGAUUACCAGCUGUUUGUUAUUCCACAAGGCACAAAAGAUCAUGCCUGUACUUGCGUGGGAGCUUUUGCUCCCUGAGGGAAAGGACAUCAGGGGCUCUCUGGCACUGCGCAGAGAAAGGAUCCAUCUCAAAUCAUUACUGGGCCUAUCAUUACCUGUGUCCCAGUGGCCUAAGGUUCAUGUGGCCAGCUGUCACUUUCGUACAUAUUGAACUUCCCAGUGACAGCUCGUGGAGAACUCAGAAACUCCUGCUCUAAAAAUCCAGACUCCUGCCACUCGAAGUAAAAGAGAAACUUUAGUAGCUAUUGGCAGCAUAGUGCCUAUGACACACAGUUGCGCAGCUUUUAUUUUAGCCAAGAGAGGGCAGUGGUGGGUGCACAGAACCACUAGCCAAUUCAUUUGCUGUAGCAUCCCGAUCAGCGAAAGAGGGAAUGAAAGGGAGGUGAAGGAGCUGAGAUACAGUCAUCAGCCAAAUCAUUUAUGACCCACACUCAGCUCUCGUUAUCUUUCCAGGGCAUUGCAAAUAGUAAUGAAUGUAGCCUCCUCCAGUGUAUGCAAGGAGUUAAGUAUUGUCAUCCCCUGUGGCACAGAGAGGUUAAAGGACUUGCUCAAGGCCAUCGAGGGAGUUGGUGUCAGAGACAGGAUUAGUCCUGUGCUCAGAUCACCUGUGUCUCUUGAGAGAGCCCCCACCUUUUCCUCAGCAGACCUGCUUCUCCUGUACCGCUGCAUUCUAAGCACUGGCUGGAACGUGCAGCUUGGAUGGUAACAAUUAGCUCUAAAGAACGGGAGGGGUCACCGAAACAGAGGUUACCUCUCCAGGGGAUUUUCCUCCAAGUCAUCCUGGUACCAUUUCCAGCAUCCGUUACAUUUCCAGCAGUGAUUGAACGCUCCAUGGUGCUCACUCAAGGGGCUGCUUUAUUUUUGGCUUCCUCUAUAUGAUGUGCAGUCCUGCUCUGUGGGGAAAGGGGGGAGAAAGCAUCUGCUUCUCCUUGACAAAUGUCAGCACUGCUGUGACUAUUUGGCUGGCCUAGCACAUGGGCCUCCUGAAUUCUAAUCCCAGCUCUGCAAAGGACUUGAUGUGUGGCCUUGGGAAAGUCUCUUAAUAUGUCUCCCUCAUUCCACUUGUAAAAUCAGGGCGCUGCAGAGGGGUGCUUGGAAAGAUUAACUGUUUCAUGUGACUGUCUCCCAUGCUGCAGUGGUAGGGUUGCCAAUUUUGGUUGCACGUAUGCCUGGAGGUUUCAUCACAUGACACAGUCUUUAAUUAAUUAUGAGUCUUUAAUUCCUGGAGAUGCCAGGACAGGAAUGGAGGGUUGGCAACUGUUGCAAUGUCACUGAUAUCAUGGGAACUCUGCAUUAGUGUUUGCCAGUGCAGGAUGAGCAAUGUUUAUCCAGUGCCCUGAAAACGUUUCAGAGCUGAGAAUUUGUCCGCUGUGUAACUGGAGCAUAUGGUCACACCAUCAGAGAUGGGCCUGGCUGCAUAGAGAUAUAGUUACACCUGCCCUGCGAAACCCCAGGCCAGAGGCAGAACUUUUUUGUGUUUCUAAGGCAGAAAAAUGUAGAUGUGAUCCCACCCCCUUCCCUGCCUGGUUCCAGCUGAACCACACAACUUCCCUUUUUUGAUCCGAGGGACAGUUUUGGUGCCUGCUUCUUGAGCAACGGUGGGGACGGGGGAGGGAGGGCAAGGAUCUUUCUUGCGGGCAUUAUUUAUUUAUUUUUAUUUUUUCUAAAAUGCUUUUUUGGGGUGGCUUUAGGUUCUUUUGAGAAAGAUGCACAACUUUGCUGCUGUGGGGUUCCUUUCGUAAUAAUAUCACGGUAAAUAUUUGUAUAUAAAACUGAAAAGAGAGAAAAAAAUAGAGAUGUCUUUAAGUAAAUUAUUGCUUUUAAAAAAAUAUUAUAUAAUUGUACAGUCCCACCUGGGAGAAUAGAAUAAUAUAUACAUAUGUAUUUUUAAACUACUGCAUAGGCAGAUGUGAACUAGCUUGUGGAAAACCCAUGCGGCCCUAGUGAAUUGAAUUUCAAAGACUUUUCCUCAGUCUUGUUCACACGCCCCCUGCCCCGAACAUCUCGCUAGUGAAGCGCUAGCUCUGGAGAGUAAUGUUAUAUAUAAUGUAUAGUUCUAGAGAUGGAACGUGCUGUUACAUAAUGUAUAGAUUUUUUUUUGCCUAACUGUGAGUGCUAUAGCUGAUCAGUCUUUUUACAACUAUCAGGGAACAAUAUAAGGAUGUCCCUACAGUUUCCUCUAGGCUAACAAAUAAGUGUUAUUGCAGCAGAAUGCAAACAUUCAAAAAGAAAAGAAGCCAAAGAAAGUCUGGGUAUUUGACAUUUGUAAAGAGGACCAUCUCCCCUCCAUCGAGAAGCCUGCGAUGCAAUGAGCUGGCUACACGCUAAGAGCGCUCUCCAUGUGCAUUGUAUGUGUCGACAAGCCAGUCACGCAAAAGUGGUUUGCUCUUAAAAGGGGUGGUCCUGGGUAUGGGGGUGCGGGUGGCCAACCCAUUAAUGAACCGGGGGUUGCCUUUAAAAAGCGUGGCCUUCUGAAAGGGAUGUGACACCACACCGAAGGGCUGAAGUGGGAUAGGUCAGGAGCCACUGGACGGAGUUACUCUGGUACAGGUACAUCUAAAGCAGAAUUUGCCGUGUGAAGAGAGACUCUAUCAACUUCAGUCCUGGUGUCUUCAGCCUGGAUUCCACACAAAUCUCAGUCCGACUCAGGGAUUUCCUGACAGGCCAAGCAAGACAGGAUUCUCCAUGACUGGACAAUGUUUGAGCCAAUCUGUGCCAAGCUCUUUGUGUUUCGUUGGUUGGUGUGUGGGAUUGUUUUGUUUGUUUGUGUUUAAUUUCCUGAGUUCAGAGACAAGUAGGAGACCUUCAUAGCCAACCAGAGACCGACACCUUUCUGGAAAGGGCUUUUUGAGCAGAGCAGGUGAAGUGGUGGCUAGGCAGAACACCUGCCAGCCAUUUCCUUGAAGCUUAAAACCUUGAUUAUGUCUAGUUAACUCCCUGCUGUGACUCUUGGUCCUCAGAGAAUCUCUGAUGUCAGAGAUGGAAAAGACCCACCAAGUCCUCUCUGCAAUCCCCUCUGUAUAUAACGAACACUCCCUUAGUCAGGGCUCAAGCUUUGGAAAGGAAUCAUUUUGAUUGGCUGGCUGGGACGCUGGGCCAGAUCCUGCUCUCAUUUCUGCUGGUGCAGCUCCAGUGAGGUCAAUCCAGUUGCACUAGUGAAAGCAGAAAUUAGUCUCUAUCCCAAGAUCCCUGGUUCAAGAGCACAUUCCAUGCUUCCUCAAAUACAGCUACACCCUGAGGCUUUGCAGAAGAACAGCUGCUCAGCCUGCACUGGGGAAAUCAAAUCCCCAUCCCUCCCGCCCAGGGGUUGGCAGAAGGUCUCCCGUCCCUCCUUGGCUAGUUUCUGGGUGACUCUUAGCCCAGCUUUCUCCAAAUGAUAAAUAAUUCAGCUGUUGCUUGCAUCCAGGCAAUGGAAACUGUCGUGAUAAGCCUUAGCUGCUUCUUAUUUAAUCUAGUGCACUUAGUCUUUAGGGCUGGGACAAUCACUUACCUGUAACCUUUUGAGAUUCGGUGCCUGCUUGGCCUUCAAACCUUUUGUAGGAGAUGAAUUCAAAGCCACCUUUUUCUAUCUUUAAUAAGGCAGAACAAAUGUGUUUAUUUUUAAACUUUCCUGCUCUUUUCUUUUCACUUGUGCUGAAGACCAAAAGAGUCACUCCUCUUUCCCUUGCACUUCAAAAGGGAGCGCUGACUGGAGGAGUGAGUUUAUAGAGCGUGUAUAAUAGAGAUAGGUCUAAAGCUGCACAUGUCUGAUCUGGAGCUGCCUCUCAAACCCCUCGUAAUUCAGGGAUGCUAGGAUCUGGGGUGUAGCUUGUCCGGUUGUAGAAUUAAAGCUCAGCUGUGAUCUAGAGAACCUCAAACUCUCCAAAAUGUCAGGUGUAUUUAGAUCUGGAUAUUCUUUUUAGGCCCAUCUUCUAAUAACUACCAGUGCAGAAUCCUCUUUGAGUCCCCUGUUUGGCAAAGCGCUUGAGCAUGUCCAUAAAGUUAGGUGCAUGCUGAAGUGCAUUGCUUAAUCCUGUGGAUAUGCCAUGGGUGAAUCAGAGCCAUAGGGCCAACUCCUGAAGCCCUUACUCAUGCCUUCUCAAGCUGACAUCAAUGGGAGUGUUGCCUGAGCAAGGAAGAAGUAAGGAACAUCCUGAUUUGGUCCAUCGUGAACCAUUUUCCUCCAAAGAGCACAACCGGCAGAUGGUGAUGCACAUAGAGAAUUCGUUGAAUUUCAUGUUCUUCUGUUCUGAAAAGAGCUUCAUUGUCUGUCACUUGGCUGUUUCUCUGCUCCACUGUCUGUGUACACUGAAAAGCCAAGUGGAAGUUUUCUCCAGACCUCACUGCCUUUGGCUGGUGCUUUAACGGUCUCUCGUUGACAAUGGAAUCUGGAACUGAUUCUCCAGUGCCCUGAUUCACAACUGAGCCUUGUGGAGUCACUCUCAUUAGUGCAAAGUGAGUGAACGAUCCCACCAUUCUGACCUGGAUGCACUUGAUGCUCACUUUGCACUGGAGUAGGGAUUUGUCUAGACAGCGUGGCAAUGCACACUUAGGGGGAUCUGAAUUGUAAAUUGCACCAAUGUGUUAUGCACUAACUGGCCCAUGCGGACCCUGCUGACAUGCAGGAAAUGUUCCCAAAGGCAUGUUAACAUAAUACAGUUUCAACAGUACUACGUCAAUGCGAACUUUCAGUGCAUGCCAACAGAGUCAGCAUUGGCCAGUUACUGUGCAACACGUUGCUCUUUAGAAUUCACAUCUCUCUAGUGAGAAUUGCUGUGCCGUGUAGACAAGGUGCCAGACACUGGAGAAUCAGAUACUGUAUGCUCAGGCAGGUCAGUUGCCAGAGAGCAUUUGAUUCCUGGAAAAUAAAAAUUAAGUGGUGAUAGAGUCCAUUCUUGAAGGAUUGUUUGUAUAUAUAGUGGUUAGAGACAUUGCUGGGCCUUCUGGGCAUAUCUGUAUUGUUUCCAUCAGCAUGUUUGUUAUGUGUUUCAGAUAUAUGUGACAGUAUACAUAUAGAAGUAAAAUGUAUUUCACGUGACAAAACUGGCCAAUUUUCAUGUUCUUUUAAAUAUAUAUAGAUACAAAAGUAUCCAAAAGAUAUAAAUAGCAUAGAGAAAAUAAUCUAAAUAUAACAAAUGUAUUUUGAUCUAUUUAAAAUAUGCUGUAUAUUUUAAAGAUCAUAAAAAAAUUGUCUGGUUGUAUCGUAUUUUAAAUAUAUUUUAUUACCUUGUUACUUGUCACAUAUAUAAUUUAAAUGCGCAGCAAACUUGGUCAGACAUUGAGCAAAGAUCUGGGCAAGCUAUGCUGAUCAGUAGGACGUUACAGUGAAGAGCAUCAAGCCAGUAUGAGCAAAGAAGGAAGAAAAGAUCUUAAUCCCUUCAUGGCUAGGUUUCCCUGCAUCCUCUCUGUAGUAGUAGAAAGCCCAAUGAUUGUUUGAAGCACUGAUCUCUCAGUGGAAAGUUGGCAUUCAGAGGUGAUGCAUCCGGUUCAUGGGGGAGCAGCUAAGGGAUUAAAAGGGACUUGCUUGUGCUAACAAAACAGAAAUUCCCCAUGAGCUGAACAGUUCUAUCCACUUGCUGGUUUGACUGAGAUAGCAAAGUUUCAAGGGCUGGGUUUGGGGUGGGGAGAAGCAUUGUCAUGCUUCGAUGACAGGAAGCUGAUGAAAUAUUUUUUGGGAUGUGACAUUCUAAGUAUUUUAAGCUUUUUAGGAGGCUGUAAAAAUGCGACAUUGCUUAAGAGAUCUUUAGAGCCACAGGGCCCAAUGAUGAUCUCAUUUACACUGGUGUAAAUCAGGAGCAACUCAAUUGACGUCAAUGAGGUUAUGCCAUUGUAGAAGUGAGAUCGGCAUGGGGCCCUACAAAACAAUAGGGAAAGGAGUUUCAGCCAGCUCUUCUUUCCAUCACGCUGGGAGGUUAAAAAUCUUCCUUGCUUUCAGCGGACACGGGGAAGGGGUCACAGGAAGAAUCAGUAGGGCGGAGAAAGGCAGCACAAUGCCAGCAAAGAGAUGCUACUGAAAUACGGAAGAGAACCUACAAUAGACUGGGUCUCAUACUAAAAGGAAAAGGUGUGGAAGCAGAGAGGAGACUGGGAAAUAUGUAUUGAGCCAGGACAAAAAUAGCCCAGCCGUGAAGAUGGCUGAGUCCAAAUCACUAUCCAAAAGUUUCUCCAGAGCAACAAUAUUCAUUGUCCCACAUGGCAGCAUCAAGGGACCAUUUGUCUGAAGUGUCCUUGAAUUCCAGUGGCUGCUGUUUUCAGAGUGCACUGCUUCCAUGAAAGGAUGUUACAUGACACUGUGUAUAGACUUGAGCUCUCAUGACAGCUCUCAAGAUCUUUUAGCAACAGACGGGAAAUAUGCUAGGAAGUAAAUAAUACAUAGAGAUUUAUUACAUGGUGGACACGACACUGGGUCAGCCAUUCUGGGUUUUCCUCUUAACUCUUGUAUGUGAGUUUUUUGGGGCCGGAGGGCACAGGGGUUGCUGAUCUGAUCUGGAGCCUUUGCCAAAUAGGUCAGAGAUCUGAAUCCAGGCCAGGUUAGUAGUGUCCACAAGUCAACAUGCUUAGAUGGAUGCUUGUUUGGUAGCCUAGUGAUUUCAGUCCAGUUCCUUAGUAGAGAGCUCUCAGCAUCACAAAAACCAUGGCUUUAAUCAGCAACCUUCUGAUCACCUCAACAGAAAGACCAAGAACACAAACAGUUCAAGGGCUGGAGAAAAUGCCUCGCAGUGAGAGAUGUAAAGCACUUAGACUCUUUGGCUUAUUAAAAAGAAGAUUGAGAAGUGACUUGAUUACAGUCUUCCGCUAACUUCCUAGGGAGCAAAUACUGGGUUCUAAAAGCUGCUUUAAUUUGGUGGCAAAAAGCAUUGUGACACCCAAGGCUGGAAGCUGGAGCCAGACACAUUCUGGU